UUUAAAAAGAAUUUUAAGCUUAUGUAUUAUUUAACCUCUAUGAGUUAUAAUUAAAUUGCAAUGCCAGAUCAAAUUGCGUUCGAUUGUUAAGUUUAAAUUUUAACAAUCAAGAAAUUCGUAAAAGCAUGGCAGUUGUAGGAGAGACUCUGAAUCUUGAAAGAGAUAUUAAGCGCUCGAUUGAAUUAUUGGAUAAAUUGCAGAAGAGUGGAGAGAUACCAGUUACAAAAUUAGCUGCUUUACAAAAAGUCUUACAGAGUGAUUUUUUAAAUGCAGUACGAGAAGUGUACGAGCAUAUUUAUGAUACUGUAGAUAUUCAAGGAUCGCAAGAUAUAAGAGCAUCGGCUACCGCUAAAGCAACCGUUGCUGCUUUCGCCGCUAGCGAAGGGCAUGCGCAUCCUAGAGUCGUGGAAUUACCUAAAACGGACGAAGGGCUUGGAUUUAACGUUAUGGGAGGCAAAGAACAAAAUUCACCCAUAUAUAUAUCAAGAAUUAUACCGGGUGGAGUAGCGGAUAGACAUGGUGGUUUGAAACGCGGUGAUCAAUUAUUGUCCGUUAACGGUGUUUGCGUGGAAGGGGAGAAUCAUGAAAAAGCUGUCGAGCUGUUGAAACAAGCUCAAAAUUCAGUUAAGCUGGUUGUUCGUUAUACACCAAGAGUCUUAGAAGAAAUGGAAUUACGUUUCGACAAACAAAGAGCUGCACGUAGGCGUCAACAUGUCCAAUAAAAAAUAUUACUUCGUAACAUUAUUCACAGUAAUAUUGAUUAAUGUGAUUCCAAAUUUAUAACCCUUAAAAUAUAUAAUCAUCCG